ACUUUCUCUGAAUAAAUGUUGUAAUUUAAUGAUAAUUAAGAAAUAUUCCGCUGGUGGCGCUGAUGAAUGUUGCGCGGGACCAGAGACCCAUGAACUCUUGUUGUUACAUCUUCUACCCUUUUCUUUGUGUUUCGUGCCGUCUAUGUUAUUAAUAAAAAUAUAUUUCAAAAGAACCUGCUCAAGGUAAGUGAAAUUAUUUCACACUUAAAUUUAGUUCAUUAUAGAAAUGACAUUGGUUAAGUAAUAUUUAACAUUGGUGCCGAAAACCCGGCACGCUACUAGAUUUGAUAAUAAUUUCGGUAUAAAAGCAGAAAUAUAGCAGUAUUUGAUUUCUAAUUCUUAUGAGAAUCUUUGAUUAUUUUUGUUCUAACAUAUUUAAAGUUAAAAUGUCAAUUCCAAAUCAGAAUGUGGUUAAUGAAACUACUCGUGCUUUGAUGCUCGAUAAAUUAAAACGAAAGCGUUCAACUAUUAGGGGUUUAUUAACGAGAACGCUUAAUAAGAUUAACGAGCAAUUAUUGUUAGAUGUAAUUGACAAAGAGGCACUAAAUGAGCUUCUUCAAUUGUUAUGUGAGAAAUCGGAACAAAUUUAUGAGUUAGAUAUACAAAUCGAAAGUUAUAUCGAUGAUUUAGAUCAGUUAGAGGCAGAAGUAAUUUCGAGCCAAGAAAUAAGAGAAAAAAUUAUAUCUUCUAAAACAAAAAUUAAUGCAUGUUUAAAAUCAGAGUCAGCUAUAACGAUAAAUAAUGUACCCUCGGUAUCAGAAGCUGUAGCGAUAAAUAAUGUAUCAUCGGUAUCAAAUGUACGAAACGAAGCGAGUGUCCGAUUGCCAAAAUUAACGUUGGAACCAUUUGAUGGUAAAUAUGAAAAUUGGCAGGAGUUUUGGGGACAAUUUGAGGGAUCCAUUCAUGAAAAUAGUAAUUUAUCUAGAACGGAUAAAUUUAGUUAUUUGAAAUCAUUUUUGAAAGGGUCUGCUUUAGUUUCGAUUCAGGGUUUAACGCUAUCAGAAACGAAUUAUGAUACUGCUAUAGAUCUCCUAAAAAAAAGAUAUGGUCAGAAAGAUAUUAUUGUUAGAUCUCAUGUAAAUAAAUUAUUAAAUAUGCAUCCUGUUAAAUCAUGUACUCAGUUAAAAGAAUUGCGUCAAUUGUGUGAUAUUUGUUAUGUUCAGGUUCGUUCCCUCGAAUCAGCUGGAGUAGAAUUAAAUAGUUAUGGGAGUCUUUUGUUUCCUAUUUUAUUGAAAUUAAUGCCUGAUAGUAUAGUUUUAGAUUAUAAUAGGCAAAAUAAAAAUGACGAAUGGGACUGCUUUAAACUCUUGCAGUUUUUAAGAGAUGAGAUUGAAAAUAGAGAAAAAACCCAGCUAUUUCGAAGCUCGAACGAAGAAAAAAGUGAAUUAAUUAAGAAGUACGGCGUCAAUAAAGAUCAUAAUUCAUGGCGCUCCUUUUCGAAACCGAAAACAAAUCCUGCUGCAUUGGCAUUAAGCGUGGGAGAAGAAGGGGGAAAGGAAAUAGAUGUUUAA